ACGUCUUCUCUUCUGGAUUCCCAACGACUGAAUAGAGAGAGAGAGAGAGAUGGGCAGGAUAAAUCUGCAAGAAUUCAUCACCAUAGCAAAAGAAGGACUCGACAGAUCUUUCUUGGUAGCAAAAUUCUUGUGCUUCCUCCACGUCACCAACACCUACCUCUGCGCUCCUGUUAGGACACAGGGUCCUAGCAUGCUCCCGACCUUCAGUCUGAUGGGUGAUUUGGUCUUGACCAAACGGGUCUCGACCCGGUUCGGUCAAGUGGGUAUCGGCGAUAUCGUCCUUGUCCGGUCACCUGAGAAUCCUAGGAAGGUUGUGAUAAAGCGUGUCAAAGGCAUGGAGGGUGAUAGUGUCACCUACGUUGUGGACCCCAAAAACAGUGAUGCACGCCAGACUGUUGUUGUACCAAAAGGGCAUGUUUGGAUUGAGGGAGAUAACGUAUACAAUUCUUGCGAUUCAAGAAAUUUUGGGGCUGUUCCUUAUGGCUUGAUUCAAAGCAAAGUGUUUUGGAGAAUAUGGCCACGUGAAGGUUUUGGGUCAUUGGGAUGAAGUGAAGACCGAUAUCUUCUUAAGCAGGAAUGGAAACUACUGCAAGAAGAGUGUUUGAAACUCAAGCAGAUUUACAGCAAUUUGGCGAUCAUUAUGGUGAUACAAGACCAGAAAAGUUACCGAUUAUCUCUAGGGCAACUUGGCGAACAAGUAAAUCAGUUGGCAGAACAGAAUGCAGUAUCGAAGCUCUGCAAUCUGACAAACCCAGUCUUUUACGGCAUUUGCACAUUUUCAUUAAGUCUUUGCGAUAUGGGUUGGCGGGAAUUCCCUUUCUAGUUUCCUGGGUAUAGACUACGGCUUUUUCUUUACGAGAUGUCCACAGGGUUUGGAUUUUUAAGUGGCUUAUCCCAUGUCUGGAUCGUAGGAAAAGGAAGAUAAAAGAAUAGCAAAGAGUAUGGAAGAAGUUGUUUUUUUUCUUUUGGUAUGGUAAAGGAGCUUCUUAAUUAGGAGUUCCAUAGGGUCCACUGAUGUUACAAACCUUUGUGUGGUUCAUCAAGUGAAGCAAAAUAGGAUUCACCACGAUCCCAUUUGACAA